AUGGCUGGUCCGAAUCUAGAACUGGCCAAGUUCGGAAUGUACGUCUUUUUCCCCAUCCUCGUCAUGGUCCACUAUGGCGACCCGGAUUGGUACCACAAAUACGUCCUACCCGACAGGUCGCAAUUCCUCAAACUAGAUAAAAUGGCGCCGUCCCCUCCCAGGAACCGAUCCGAGCUACAGCAAGAACUGGAACACUUUAGAAACCUCCGCGAAGAACGUAAACAGAAACAACACUAUAUUUCCUCAUCAAGCACAGAUCUACCACAGAACCCCUCCUCGCCCUCUUCUUCGCAACCGCAAUCAAGCUCGCAAUCUCCAGAAACAAGACUCGUUUGA